ACUUCCAAUGAUGUCGAGCCGAUUACUCGGCUCAGGAACGAAGUCGAAUUGGAUCACGUGAGGCUGACGCCACAUGUGGCUCGUGGGUGUUAGACGUACUGUGGCUUGUGCCUUCCUCCAGCAGAUCGCCGCCCCGCCAUGAGUGGUCUGUGCACCAGCAGUAACAGCUUCACCAAGCGCAAUCCGUCAUCAGGCUGCUGGCCAGCCGCGUCAAGCUCAACUACCACAAAUUUCAACAAACCACACAACACCCGCCCAGUCUCCGAUCACCAAUCGAAAGUCUUCUCCGUCUCUCUGUAUCAGGACUCCUACAUUCGAACGGAAAGCAAAUUCCCCUGCGGCUUAGCAUCGCCGUAAUUGAUCCAAGAUGAGCGCCGAUGCCAUCGCCGACUUCCUCGCCGAGCAGCGCGACGAAGCUCCGGAGGAGCUACAGCCUCUAGUCCUUGACUUUGAGAACUACUGGGAGAGGAAACUCUGGCAUCAACUCACAGACGCCCUCGUUGAGUUCUUCAACCACCCCGGAAGUGCGCCGCAACGCCUGCCCUUCUACAAGACCUUCAUCCUCAAGUUCGCCGACAAGAUCAACCAGCUCAAGCUGGUGCAGCUUGCCCUCAAGGCAGCACAACAAUGCAAAGAUGAUAACGAGCGACUCGAGUUCCUACAAUCGGUUGCGAAGAAGGUGGACAACAAGAACUCACAGGACGCUCUUGUGUAUGCAUCUGUUGCAGUAGCCCGCACGCGACUUGGUCUAAACGACUUGGAGAACGCCAGGAAGGACCUUGACGAGGCAGAGCAGAAGCUCGACUCUCUCGACUCUGUGGAGGCGAUCGUACACGCUGCGUUCUACGAUGCGAAUGCGACUUACUACCAGCGCAAGAAUGACUUUGCCAACUACUACCGCACCGCCCUCCUCUACCUCGCCUGCGUCGACCUCACAGCUGUGCCCGAGCAGGAACGUUUCAAGAGAGCAUACUUCCUCAGCGUGUCAGCACUCGUGUCGAACAGUAUCUACAACUUUGGCGAGCUCCUUCUGCACCCGAUCCUUGACGCCCUAGCUAAGAGCGAGGACGACUCGUGGCUCAGGGACCUGCUCUUUGCGUUCAACCGGGGCGACCUUGCCGCCUACGACGUGCUGUCGGAUCAUAUCUCUGAGAAUAGGCUGCUCAGCGAACACGCCACACACUUGAAACAGAAGAUCUACCUGGCCGCGUUGACAGAGGCUGUCUUCCGUCGGCCACCGCACGAUCGUGCCAUGACCUUUACCACAAUUGCGGAGGAGACCAAGGUCAGCCCGGGGGAGAUUGAGCAUCUUAUUAUGAAGGCUCUCAGCUUGGGUCUGCUUCGGGGAACGAUCGAUCAGGUGGACGAGGUGGCGCACAUCACAUGGGUCCAACCCAAGGUUCUUGACAUGAAGCAGGUUGCUAACCUACGGCAACGUCUGCUCGACUGGGACGCCAGUGUCAACCAGCUGGGGAACUGGAUCGAAGGUGCUGGCAAGGACGUCUGGGCCGCUUAAGUCUACAACGAGAGUUGCGCUGCACGCCCUUGACGCAUGUGUAGUACGCUAUGUUAGAUUUUAGACUUAAUCAGCAACCCACGAACGCGCCCUUGAUUCAAAU